AUGAAGAAUAUAAUUAUUGGUGUGUUGGCAUUACAAGGUGCCUAUAUAGAGCAUGUUAAUUUCUUAAAUACUUGCAUUGCUGAUGGUGACUAUGGGAUAAAUGGCUUUGAUAUAACAGUUAUUGAAGUUAGAACCUCUAAAGAACUCCAGAAAUGCAAUGCGCUGGUGAUACCGGGAGGGGAAUCGACCUCGAUGUCAUUGAUCGCAAGAAGAGUAGGGAUAUUUGAUGAUUUAAUUGCCUUCGUACAUGAUAAGAAUAAAGUAAUAUGGGGUACCUGUGCAGGAUUGAUAUUUCUUGCAAAAAAAAUAGAUAACGUUGAUCACAAUGCUGAUAUAUUGGACACGCUGAAACUUGUUGAUGUUAGUAUAUUAAGAAAUGCAUUUGGAAGACAAUCUCAAAGUUUUAUUAAAUCUUGCGAUUUCAGCUCAUUCAUUAAUGAUUGUGAUGACUAUGAGACUGUAUUUAUCAGAGCACCAGUGAUUAACAAAAUAUUGGAUCCUGGUACUGUAAAAAUAUUAUAUUCACUCGAAUAUGAAAAGGAAUCCGGUGAGGUUGAUAAUCUAAUAGUGGCAGCUAAACAAAAUGAUAAUGUAUUGAUCACUUCUUUCCAUCCGGAAUUGUCUGAUGAUUUUAGAUUUCAUAAAUAUUUCAUAGAAGAUUUUGUUCUCAAAUAA